AUGACAUUAAUUGUUGGUAUUGGAACAGUCUUGUAUAGUCUUAAUAAUCCUGAUCCACAAAUAGAAUCACUUAUAUUUUGUAAAGUACGUGGUUACAUAUUUCAAAUAUGUUUAAUGCUUUCUCGUUGGUUUGUUGCAUUUGCUUGUAUUGAUCGUUAUGCAUUAACUUCAGACAAAAUCCAUUUAAGAAACUUUGCUAAACCAAAAAUAGCAUAUCCCAUAAUUAUUAUAAUUAUUAUUUUUUGGUCAAUUAUUUGUUCUCAUCGACUUAUAUUCUAUGAAAUUGAAGGAAAUUUCUGUGGUAUUAUAAACAAUAUGGCAGCAGCACUUUAUCAUAGUCUUUAUGUUAUUAUUGGAGGUGGUAUAUUGCCAGCUAUGGUUAUGAUUACAUGUGCAUAUCUUAUUCGACGAAAUCUUGCACAAAGACACAAAAGACGAACGCAACUUUCAUUAGGUGGUCACCAACGAAAUUCACUUGAUCAACAGGUUCUUCACAUAUUAUUCGUGCAAAUUAUUUGUUAUAUUUUAUUUACAAUUCCUCAAUUAUGUAAUCUAGUGUUUAAUACAAUCUCAAUCACGAAUUCUGAUCAAUCAAAUGAACACUUAGCUAUUGGAUCAUUUCUUAGCUUUCUAGCAGAAUUAAUUCUUUAUUUAUUUCCAGUUACAUCAUUUUAUCUAUACACACUCACAUCUCGUACAUUUCGUAAAGAAUUAAUCAAUUUUUUUCAAUUAUUAUUGGCUUCUCGAAGAAAUCGAAUUGCACCAAUAUCAACUGCUUCGAUUCCUCGCCAUUGUAUGGGAAUUAAUGAAACAAAUGUAAAUGCACAUGGAGAACCAACCAACAAAGAACAAAUGAAAACUAGCAUUGUUAUUACUUGA